CUUUUGGCUGCUGUCGCAUGCGUUGCGCCAGUACUAAGGACCCACGCCAAGCUCCCACGUUGGAUCGAUCCAAGCUUGACACUCUACAUCCACCGACUCGUGUCAGUCUACAGACACGCCCGCCGCCAAUAUUCUAGUUGGACGAUAGAUGAGCUACGAAGCUAGACUGGCCCCACGGGCGUAUGGCGACGCACAAGACGGAGCCGCACAGAAGGGUUCUGUACGUGCAGCACGGGAGAGAAUGCAGGCCGCCCAGAUGCGAUCACAACUGCCGGAUACAUCGAGGAUCAUAGGGCUUCCACAACGACCCAACCAACUCGUGUCGCAAUAUUCCGCCAACAGAGACGAAGAAUUGCAGCCGAGGACUCCUACUGAUGGCAGAGAUGAUGGGAGCAUGGCAUCCCCACCUCCGCAGUGGCCUCUUCCCGACGACGCCAGUCCUACUAUACCACCUCGUUCACCCAACAGGUUACGGCCACCGCAACCAAGCAUCCGGCCUGUAUCAGACGACUAUCCCAUUCAGCAGCCUUCCCCAAGGUCCCCACCGCCGCUUUCUCCAGAUUAUCUUCAACCGCCCUCUUUCAACUUUCGAAUAUCAAACAAGAGCGACGACAUGUACUCGCCAUCAUCACGGCCAUUCUCUGGCGCAUCAGAGGCAUCAUCGCUGGGAUCGAUUCCGGACUUCCCGGUUCCUCAGCCACCCAUGCCUGCUGUACAGCCACUUCCUCGUCGUGUCCCCGGCUUGGGCCCACCACCUUCGUCGCGAAGAGGUCCUUCAUCAUACUACACACAGAUGUCUUACGUGUCGCCCAUUGUCGAAGAGUCGGAGACUCGUUCGGACACAAUCAGAUCACGUCACGGUUCCUUCGCGUCAAGCAACGUCUUCCCCACGAACGGCGAUGAUUUUUACCAGAACGAUUACCCACAAUCGGACGAUGACGAGACGAUAACAAGCGACCGUGGGACAAUGUCACCCACUAGUGACCACGAUGACCAAAGUGGGCUUGUCAAAGAACCGCCUCCUCUUGUUCGACAAGCAAGUCUGGGGCGGAGGACGAAGCCGUCUCUUAUGACAAUCAAAUCUGUCGACAGUAUCGGUGAGAAAAAGAGUGAAAAUUCCAAGAAGGCAGCAGCUGGCGCAGGCAUUGGCGCAGUAGGAGCGGGUGGCAUCUUUGCUGCACGUGAUGCAGCCCAAAGUUCACCCCUUCGGAGCUCGAUCUUGAGUAGUGGCACUGGACUUAUCGACCCAUCCUCAUCCUCCUCCUCAGGCUCGUUGAACACCUUACGCAACACCAAGUCGACUUCCCCUAGCUACACAGGCGCCGAGUCACCCCUCUUUGCUUUUCAAUCAGAGCCUCGCACAAAUACCUUGGCUGAUCGUGUCGGAUUUAGGCGCCCGCCUAGGCUCGACAUGGAUACUGUCCGUGACGCUGAGGCACGCGGCAGUCUAACCAGCCUUCCAGAUCUGAUUCGAAGAGCAACGAGGUUAGCGGCCAACCUUGAUCGGGGAAAGACAGCCAGCCGAUUUGGGUUGGACUUCUGGGAGACUGGUGCACCAGAGCAGAACGUGCGGAAGUCUCAAAAUUCCUUGACUGACAUGCUCGCUGCAUUCCCUCCACCAGGCCAAGAAACUCCGCAAAGGUCAGGUACACCGGCUGGCAAUGCUAUGGCAGAAUGGCCGUCUUCAGGAGGAGCAGCUACACGCUCUGGUGGUGCAGACCAAGGAUAUGGUAACGAGAAACCAGCCAAGAAGCGGCGCAGAUGCUGCGGCCUCCCACUUUGGACUUUCAUCACGUUGUUGAUUGUACUCCUCUUCAUCGUAGCCGCAGCAGUGGUCAUCCCGAUCGUGCUUGUGGUAAUACCCAAUCAGAACAAGAGUACCAGUGCUGCUCAGGAUAACCAAGGCAACAACAACAACACCACAAGCGCACCAGCUCCAACAUCAGGCUCCGGAAGCGGUUCGUCCAAUUGUCAGAACGGCGGUGUCGCCAUUCAGAAUGCAGACCAGUCGAGUACUUGUGUUUGCAUCAAUGGCUUCACCGGUAGCACUUGUGGCAACAACGAUGAGAGCGGAUGUACAACAACCAGCAUAAUGGGCACUGCCAACAACGCUACUGUUGGCUCUGGCAUCCCUCGACUCGUUCAAAGCGCGGCCGAGGAUUUCAACAUACCCCUUGAUGCAACUCGCAUCUUGUCGUUAUUCUCUAGCUUAUCACUUAGCUGCGCAGCAGAGAAUGCGCUGAUCACCUUCAACGGUCUGACAUCCCGCUCAGUUCCAUCCACGGACCAGUCCAUCAAUCUUGGCAGCUCCCUUCCUACGCGUUCGCUUCCUGUCUUGCACCUUCCCCACCCAGCUCGACAAGUGGAGGCGCGACAGGAAGCCACACCCAUAUCCAGCAACACCACCGCAGUUGACUUCGCUCGAGUAGGCGUCCUAUUUGCACUGCAACAGGCUGGCAAACUCGACACCGCUGCCACCGCGCAGGAGAACGUCCAGGACUUCCUCACCAGCAACCGCAACGGCGACUCAAACACCAACACCGUCGAUGUCGGCCCCUUCACCAUGGACCUCGUCAACCUCACCAUCAAAUUCGACAACGGCACUACCAUCGGCCCCAAGUCGUAAAAGUUGUUUUGCAUGUUAUUGUCUUUCUAGCACAGCGAUACCCGCAUACAUGCAUCCCCAUCAUUGUCCACGUUCUCUUUGUCUCAGCAUUCCAUCAGCAUGUACAAUAUAGCGUUUUUUCUUACCGUGACACUUUUACUUUCUAUAUCACGUCUUGAAGACGACCUUUGGUACUAUUUUGAUCUGGAUCUAAUGUGUAUAUGGACCGGGAAUAACCUUUGCUGAGAAGCUAUGACAGGGUUUGGGUUAGAUAGCUUUGUAUAUAGAGUGGCAUGCUUAGCAUGGA